UAGGUGAGGUCUGUAUUGUUAGAGUAAUGGGGAGCAGUUGGAGCAUUUUAAGAAGAGAGACAUAAUUUGAUUUAUGUGUUUGAGAUCCUUCUGGCUACUCUGUGGUGCUUGGAUUUUUAAGAGAUAAAACUGGAAGCAGAUACACUAAAUUUGGGUGUCUUAGCCUAGGAAGGAGGCAGUGAAAAAAGAAACAGUGUAUGGAUAGGUGUAUAUGACGGAAUAUAAGGUCCCCCAUUUUGCCAAUAAGAUUUUAAAAUGUUUUGUUUUAUUUGCUCACUUGAGUAAAGCUUUAGAGGUAUGGGUGAAAUAGUCAAUAUCCAGUGGGUUUUUGUUAUUUUAAUUAAGCAUGUUUGUACUCUACUAUUAAUUUAGAAACAUUGAUUUUUUAAUUCAUAACUAAUUUAAAAAUUUCAUUCCAUUUUUCUCACCCCUAGAACUACUUUUUAACUCAUCUGGCUUUUCCAGAGCAAAUCAUCUUCACUUCUGUCCAAUUUAUUUGAUAGAAAGUAAUUUUGAAUCCGUGUCUUGUUUUCUCAUUGGAUAUUUUUUCAAGCCUACAAGUACUGUAAGGUUAUGGGUUAAGUUACUGUAAAAAGAGACCCCAAAAUACAGAGGUUAAAACCAGACAGAAGUUUGUCUCUUGCUAACCAGCACAUAGGUAUUUGGGUGAUUCAGUCUGCUGGCAGCUAUGUCAGGUUGACUGUCAUCUGUCAGGAGAAGGAAGGGGGGAGGGGACCAGGGGACACUCACCCAGUCAUUUUAAAGUCAGGACACAGAAGUGGCACAUGUCAUUUCCAAUUAUAUCCUGGGACACUUAGUCUAAUGGGCACCUGUUAUUCCGGAAGGAGGGGCAAAUGGAGGUGGACAUUGGAGGACAAGUAGCAGGUAGUCACAACAGCCGCUGUACAGCUUGGGGACAGCUGGUGGUUCUUUUUCCUAUAGAUGCGUAUGAGUAGCCUUCACUCUCCAAAGCUAUUCAGUUCCUGAAUUCAGUUAGCCAGGAUUGUGAGUUUUUGCGACCUCUACAACUUACCUGUUGACUGUAUUGCUAUUUAAAGUGAUCUUUAAAAAGCUGGAGGAGUCGUACCAUGGGAAUGACUACAAAAUCUGUUUUGAAUUUCUCAGCCCCCUUCAUUUUACACAAUCCCCCGUCAGUUGACCUCCGAAGGUAGCCCAAACCAGCUCUGAUUGAGAUCAAUUUAGACUGAAGUCUUUUUCAGAUGACACUUUUUGUUCAAAGAAGGUGAUUACGAAAGAGAGCUCUAUAAUAACAGGCUUUGGAAAGACUCUAAUGUAAGAGGAUUUCUUUCUUCUUUUCUGAGAGGUCAUUGUGGGAGGAGGGUACCUCACUUAUAUUUAGACGCUGAAUAGGGUGGACCAGGCCGCCUGCAGAGCAGUUGGGGGAAGGGGAGUUAGUGGAUGGAAGAGUUUCUUUGGUAACAUAAAGAAAUAUUGUCUCUUUUUCUCUAUAAUGUGGGGGAAUGAUUAAUACUUAGCUUUUUCAAGUUGCUGUGAGAAUCAUAAAAUAUGCUAGGUAUAUGGCAGAGCAUAUGUGUCACGUAAAUACUGCACAAGCACUAAGGAAACAUGCACAUCCUGUAUCUUUGCAAAAAUCGGUGUCAGCAUUUGGCAGAAAGCUGUAUUGGUAGUGACAGUGUUUGCCUGGUAUACAGUAUGUGCACAAUAAAUGAUCACUGUGAUUACUGUUAUUAAAUGAGGAAUGAGGAAUGUUUACAAAUAGCCCAACUUUAAGGCGUUUGAAUGCCCACUCAUCAUCUUGUCUGCAUUGGUCCUACUUUAUCACAGAUCCCGUCUUGGUAUGAAUUAUUCUGAUAUAAUGGAGGACUUUGGUGGAAGCUUGAUAAAACGUAUUUACUCUAAGCAAACUCUUAUUUCUUAUGGAAGAAAUAUGCCAACAGUUGUCCCAGAGAGCCGUCGAUUCCGUUUUCUCCUUUCAGAACAACAGAUCUCUCCUGUUUCUCGCUCCCAGGCAGCACUGUGAAGUGCCUCGCAUGUUUAAGUAGCUGGACUUUAUGGAGUACACCAAACAUUCGCCUCAAAGCAUCACAUGCUUGCCAUUAAAUUUAGGCAUGUGUGGGGUUUUGACAUAAUUUCUUUCUUGCCCAUUGGGAUACAGUCAUUCUAGCAGAACUCUUAAGUGUUUUGUUCUAACAUUGUCAAAGGACCAGCCUUGACUGCUGUUGUAGGCAUUUACUUCUAUUUGACAAUUUGGUAUUUCUUUAAAUGCUUUGUGUCCAUUCAUGAGGGCGAUGGUUUCAUUUGAAAUGCUGCACUCACCAGGGAGAAGCUCCUGUGCUCUUCUCUGAUACGCCAGCCUCCCCUCUGCCUCCUGUUGCUAUGGUGCCCGGCAGAGUAACUUCCUUGCCCUGCACAUGUAGGAGGCUCGGUCUCCAUGGAUACCCCACUCUGAGACUGUACUCCACUGAGCGAUGAGCUGCACACACUGUAUUUCUGCACAAAACAUACCCCAGCCUGUGGUGGGAGGCUGUCUGCAGAGGCAGUGUUUGCCAUGAAAGUCUACGGAGCUUACCUUCUAAGUAGUGAAGCUGAUUUUAGCUCCUCGAGCAGCACGGGCAGCAUUUCCGCUCCUGAGGUCCAUAUGUCUGCAGCCGGAAGCAAGCGGUCCUCUUUUUCACGCAAUCGAGGUCCCCAUGGGCGGAGUAAUGGAACUUCAUCAUACAAGUCUGGCAACAGCCCACCCUCCCCCCGGGAAAAGGACCUUCUGUCCAUGUUGUGCAGGAAUCAGCUGAGUCCUGUGAAUAUCCAUCCCAGUUACGCGCCUUCUUCCCCAAGUAGCAGCAACUCUGGCUCCUACAAAGGAAGUGACUGCAGCCCAAUCAUGAGGCGGUCUGGAAGGUACAUGUCCUGUGGUGAAAACCAUGGUGUCAAACCCCCAAAUCCAGAGCAGUAUUUGACUCCCCUGCAGCAGAAAGAGGUGACGGUGAGACACCUGAAGACCAAGCUGAAGGAGUCCGAGCGCCGACUUCAGGAAAGGGAAACGGAAAUUGUGGAGCUUAAGUCCCAGCUGGCCCGCAUGAGAGAAGACUGGAUUGAGGAAGAGUGCCAUCGGGUGGAGGCCCAGCUGGCCCUCAAGGAAGCCAGGAAGGAGAUUAAACAGCUCAAACAGGUCAUCGAAACUAUGCGGACCAACUUGGCUGAUAAAGACAAAGGCAUUCAGAAAUAUUUUGUGGACAUCAACAUUCAAAACAAGAAGUUGGAGUCUCUGCUUCAGAGCAUGGAGAUGGCGCACAAUGGCUCUCGGAGGGAUGAACUGUGUUUGGACUUUCCCUGUGAUUCCCCGGAGAAAAGCUUAACCCUAGCCACCCCUUUUGGCAAGAUGGCGGAUGGGCUGUCUCUGGAAGAGCAGAUCAUAGAGGAAGGGGCCGACAGCGAGCUGCUGGUGGGAGACAGCAUGGCCGAUGGCACAGAUUUGUUUGAUGAAAUGGUGACAGCCACCACCACAGAGGCUGGCGACCUGGAGCUUCUUCAUUCCACCCCCGGGGCAAAGGUCCUUGAGAUGUUCCCCAUGGUGGUGGAUCAGGAGGAGGGCAGUGUGGUGGUGGAGCAAGCCGUGCAGACGGAUGUGGUGCCCUACAGCCCUGCAGUCUCGGAGCUCAUUCAGUAUGUGCUCAAGCUCCGGGACGCCUGUCCUUCGAGUUCAGCGUCCCCUGAUGAGUCUGUGGCUGACUCGACAGAAAGCUUCCCGGAAUCCAUCUCUGCAUUAGUGGUUGAUUUAACUCCAAGGAAUCCAAACUCUGCCAUCCUUUUGUCUCCCGUGGAGACCCCAUACACCACGGUGGAUACGGAAGCUCAUGAAAACCGCCUCAUGAGAGAGCUGGAUUUUGCAGUCUCCACGGAAGAAAGGUUGGAUGGCAUCAUCCAGCUGCCUCGGGGGAGCGUCGGGAGGCAGUACUGGAGCAGCAGUUUCCUGGUGGAUCUCCUGGCUGUGGCUGCCCCCGUGGUCCCUACCGUUCUGUGGGCAUUCAGUACUCAGAGAGGGGGAACAGAUCCCGUGUACAACAUCGGAGCCUUGCUCCGGGGCUGCUGCGUGGUUGCCCUGCAUUCCCUCCGCCGCACCGCCUUUCAUAUCAAAACCUAAAUAGAAGUGGUUGUUUCCGUGUGCCAGUCUGUCCCGUGUGGCAUUGUGCCAGGUGGAGAAACAGCAGAUCGACCUAUGGCAGUCUCUCUUCUGUCGUUUUGCUCCUCGGUAUUUGAUUUGCACUAUAUUUAGUUGAAGCCUGUUCACUGUCUAAAACCAGAGGUAUCUUCAAAGGCAUGGAGACCUGGUUCAAGUAAAUGUCCACCAGUGUGGUAUAGACAGCAUGCUCAUGACCCUGCCGUGUCGUCUGAGGUACCCGUUCUUAUCCUAGUGGUUCAGGAAGAGAAAAUGCAAGGUUUGCACUAUCCAGACAGCUUCUGUAAGGCUGGCAUGUUAUCUCCUUGCUUUGCUUUAUGCCGUUUUAAAAUGUGUAAUUGUUCCAGCAUUCCAAUGGUCUUGUGCAUAGCAGGGGACUGUAACCAAAAAUAAAAAUGUAUCUGUGUCAUUGGUUUGAAGAAGUCUUGACUAGCUCUUUAGUGUCUUACUUGGGGUUGAUAAGGUUUGAGUGUUUGCAGUUUUGUACUAAACGUAGCUCCAGAGUCUUAAAAUGGCUUGUUCUUAAACCUGUUAAUUGAUGAAACUGUAUGUAAGUUUACAAUGUAUUAACUUAUUUUUUGCUUAUUAUAUAUAGUGUUUUAUUGGAAAUUGUUUGUAACCACGUCAGCAUGGUGAAAAUAAAGAUUAGUGUUUCCAUUUAAAUAAAUGUCUUAUCCCCCUUAAAAUAAUUAUCUUUGCGGUUUUGUUCCUCUAUAUGGUGAGAAAGACUAAAUGGCUAGCAGUUCCUUCCAUCGUCAAUCAGUAAGAGUCUAGAAGAGCGGAAUUAAGAAACGAGAAGGAGAGAACAAUAAUUAUUAAAGAUAGAUGAGGAUUUCCUGUUCUGUCUUUAAAAAAGCAUUGUUUCUGAAUAAAAGUAGCUUUGAGUGUUUGCUUUUAA